AUGGAUUCUCUCUCUGCUGAAACCAUGAUGAUGCUGCACAACUAUCGCUUCGUCUACUCUCUAGCCGGCGAUAUCAACGUCGUCGUUGUCACACACGACAAUCUCUACUGGAUCAUAGUCCAGCACAAGAUGGCCCCUACUCUUUGGAAGUCUAACAAUGGCCACAAGACUGAGGGUGCUGUUCUGCAGGGCACGGCCAACUACUCGAACACAUAG